CUUCUUCCUCCCCGCUCUUUGUGAUUGUGAUCGUUUCCCACUCGACAUCCUUGGCCUUGAGGGCUUGUCUGUUUCAGAAAAUCGGUUUUGCUCUAAGCACCCUCCUAAACACUCGGGACGGCUAUAUCCCUACCAAGACCCCAUACUGCGUGCUGGCCGUUGAGUUCCGGAACCACGCCUUGUCUCCGUUUACCCUGUUCGCCCGUGCACGAGAUCUGCAACGCUCUGCAAACAAUCAAAGCAACUUUCCACUUAAUCCGUCAUAAUGGCUGACGGAGAAGAGGACUUCUCUUCCUUGCCAUUGCCCGAACGGUUCGCGCACAAGAACUGGAAGGUACGCAAGGAAGGAUACGAAGAUGCGAAACAACAAUUCGAGAAGACGCCUGACGAGUCGCAUCCGGUAUUCACACCAUUCAUACAAGACCCUGGUCUCUGGAAAGGGGCGGUGGCAGAUUCCAAUGUAGCGGCUCAACAAGAAGGUCUCGGGGCCUAUUGUGCAUUUGUGAAGUUCGGUGGUGUGCAGGCUUGUACGAGAACGCGCGCAAUCACAAUCCUUCCUAUCUGCGAAAAAGGUCUCAUAUCAACACGACCAGCCGCCAAAACGAGUGCGCUUGAGGCCCUGCUACUGUGUGUGGAGAUGGAUAAGGCCGACCCCGUUAUCGAAGAAAUGCUGCCCGCCCUGUCACAUAAAAUGCCCAAGGUGAUUGCGGCCGCGCUGGCGGGGUUGAAGGCGAUUUAUCACAACUUUGGGUGUAAGAUUGUGGACCCGAAGCCCGUGCUCAAGGCCUUGCCCAAGGUCUUUGGACACGCAGAUAAGAAUGUUCGCGCGGAAGCGCAGAAUCUCACUGUGGAGCUCUAUCGGUGGCUAAAGGAGGCCAUCAAACCCCUUUUCUGGGGCGAGCUGAAGCCUGUUCAGCAGACGGACCUGGAGAAGCUGUUCGAAGCCGUCAAACAGGAACCGCCCCCGAAGCAGGAGAGGCUUACGAAAGCGCAGCAGGAUGCGGCGGCUGUCGCCAGUCCUGCGCUCGAAACUGGAGGAGACGAGAUGGAAGGAGUUGAGGAAUAUGGAGAGGAUGAGGCUGAAGUCGACGCUUUCGACCUCGCGGAGCCAGUGGAUGUAGCAGCUAAAAUACCCGGCAACUUCACAGAACAGCUCUCUUCCUCAAAGUGGAAGGACAGGAAGGAGGCUCUGGAUGCCCUCUAUACUGUGCUGAACGUACCUAGAAUCAAGGAUGGGCCGUUUGAUGAGGUUGUUCGGAUGUUGGCCAAGUCUAUGAAGGAUGCUAAUGUUGCAGUCGUGACUGUUGCAGCCAACUGUGUUGAUUUACUUGCGAAGGGAUUGCGCAGCGGGUUCUUGAAGUAUCGAGCCACUAUUAUGGCACCGAUUUUGGAGCGGCUAAAGGAGAAGAAGCAGAGCGUUGCAGAUGCCCUAGGUCAGGCACUCGACUCGGUCUUUGUUGCAACCAGUUUGUCGGAAUGCUUGGAGGAGAUUCUCGAAUUCCUCAAACACAAAAACCCCCAAGUCAAGCAAGAAACGCUCAAGUUCCUCAUCCGCUGCCUUCGCACCACCAGAGACGUGCCGGAUAAGCCGGAGGUCAAGUCGAUUGCAGAGGCGGCUACCAAGCUACUUACCGAGUCUAGCGAGGUCAACCGUGCUGGAGGAGCAGAGGUUCUAGGUACUUUGAUGAAGAUCAUGGGUGAACGGGCAAUGAACCCUUACCUCGAUGGACUUGACGAUAUCAGGAAGACGAAGAUCAAGGAAUUCUACGAGACGGCGGAGGUCAAGGCGAAGGACAGACCUAAGCCUAUUGUUGGCCCGCCAAAGACAACUUCUGCGGUUGGCAAGAAGGUUCUGGGUGGUAAAAAGCCAGCGCUUGGGACAAAGAGGCCUGCAGCUGCAGCUGCUCCUCCUCCUGUCGAGGAGCCAGCCCCCGCACCGUCCCCAUCGAAGCCCGCCACGAGAGCUAUUCCGUCCAAGCUGGGUGGGCUUGCAAAGCCUGGUGGCGGCGGCCUUCAGGCCCCUGGAGGUCUCAAGAAAAGGCUUGCGGGUCAGGCUGGUCUGGCUUCCCCUCAAAGGCGUGUCAUGUCACCUCCUACAGAAGAUCAGCCACCGCCGCCUGCCGCGCCUCGACUUGGUCUCGGAAGGGGCCUUGCUGGACGGCCAAUCGCCAGGCCAUCCGCUCCAGCUGAGCCAGCUCCAGCUCCAGUCCCAGUCGCACCUCAAAUGAGUGGCAUGUCUGCCGCUGAACGUGCGGAAUUGGAAGAGCUACGUCUUGAGAAGGAGCGAUAUACCCGCACUAUCGAUGAUCUGAAAUAUGACCGAACCAAGUUGAACUCUCAGAUCACAGAACUCCAGAAUCAGAACGCCCAGCUCAUUGAAGACCACACCAGGGAUGUCCUGAGCAUCAAGGCUAAGGAAACCCAAUUGGUGCGAGCACGCAGUGAUGCCGAAGCGGCAGAACAGACAGUCCAAAAGCAGCAACGAGAGAUCGAGCGCUUGAAGCGCGAACUUGCCAGAGCUCUACGCGCCAGUGCUAUCAGCCCACCGAAUGCCCUACCCGACAAUAUCAGUAUCUCCGAACCAGGAUCUCUAUAUCAAGAUCCGGGCCACACUGGCUACAAUCCGAUGUCACGAGCUGGACUCCACAUUGGAUCGCGGUUCGAUACCUCGCGGCCGCGUAGCUAUGCAUCCACUAGCCCGAGUGAAGAGAAAGAAAACAACGGCAUGGACUCUCCAGGCCUCAGUGCCAGAGAUGGCGGCCUGGGCCGACGAAAGCUGAGUCCUACAUUCGGCACCGGCUACUCUGGCUUAGGGAGCCCCACGCGCUCAUCUGUACGGGGCUCCGGCAGUGCUUCGGGCGAGGAGCAGCCUACCAGAACCACGGAGCCAGCCGAGAACUGGAAGAGAGCUGCAGAAGUGACGAGUCAGCUCAAAGCAAGAAUCGAACAGAUGAAGGCAAGGCAGGGCCUCACACGACCACCCGCUCAGCGCUAAUGACCGAAUGACCAAAUAACCAACUUCUACCUUGAUUCCCUCCACUACACACCAUUUCCUUGCUUUGACUGACGUCGACAUUAAUUUGCACGUAUCAUGUGCACGGAGCUUCCGAAGAACCCUUUCUAUCUUUCUUCUUCUUCAUCUAUCUAUAUCAUCUCAAGUUCUUGCUACUUUUAACCUGCUCCACCCGAUAGCUUUUCACUCUUGUUGACGGUGUAGGCCUUGUCAUCGCGUGAUCAAGGGGCGCAAAACGGUUAUUCAAAAGAAAAAGACGAUGCGCG